GCAUGUUAUGUAGAUCUGGGUUUCUGAGGUCAAAGAUUCUUGUGCUGUCAUUGGACUAUUCAACUUUGUGUCUUGUUCCAAACUGGAGUUUCACUCAACUAAAAAGUAAAAGAAAAGGGGAUCAGAAAAUGAAAAACUGUUCCUACUUUUCUCAGCUUCAUCUGUCUUCUUUUGUUUUGAAAAGUUUGGCAAGGAAUCUGGAAAUUCACUGAUAGCAACAAGGCUUCUAAGUUACAUUGCAGAAGAGGAGCUGAAAAAAAUGAAGAACUAUUUCUGAAAUGCUGAAACUUGAAAGUGUUUUGAAGCUUUGGCUGUCUGUGUGAACUUUGCCUAAUAAUUUAUUAUUACGGAAUUUAAUGUUAGUGCAGCAUUAUGUGUUUGUGGAAUAGUGGGUCAGGGAGUUUAAAGGAGUGGUCUUUUCGUUUUCCUUUGUAUCCUUUACGACUUGGGAGAUUAUAAUAUGCAGACACCAAAAGCAAGAGUUGGUGCUUCAGAAGUGCCCCAAAAGAAAUCUCCUGCAACUCCUCGAACUGCUCGUCAGUUGAAGACACCAAACUCUGAUGCAUACUCUGUCUCCUCUCCAAAUGCUGCAAAAAAGACUCCGAAAGAUAGAAGUCCAAAGGUUAUUGAAUGCAGGUCACCUCAUAGUCCAAUAUCUGAGAAGAAACGACCUAGUAAGGUCCAGGAAUUGGAAUCUCAGAUUGCUCGGCUUCAAGAAGAUCUGAAGAAUGCUAAGGAUCAACUUAACUCAUCUGAGUCAUGGAAGAGAAAAGCUCAACAGGAGGCUGAAGAGGCAAAGAAGCAGCUUGUAGACUUGACGAAAGAGCUGCAGGAAUCCCAUCAACAGCUUUUGGACUUUUCGGCUUCUGAAGAAGUGAGGCUUCAAGAGCUCCGCAAAAUUUCUCAGGAUCGAGAUCGAGAAUGGCAAUCUGAACUAGAGGCUGUCCAAAAGCAACAGGCAAUGGAUUCAGCUGCUUUGGCAUCUGCCAUGAAUGAAAUACAGAAAUUGAAAAUUCAACUUGAAAGAGUAUGUGGGUCUGAAGCUACUCAGAUCAACAGUUCAGAAUCAGCUCAUGCUGAAAUUCAGGAAUUGAAGAUGGAGCUUGAUAAAACUCUCUCUUUGGUAGAAAAGCUAAAAAAUGAGGUAGGUGAUUGCAAAGAAUCUGAAUCCAGGGCUUUGGAAGUAGUUGGUAAAAUGCAAAUGCAAUUGGAAACAGCAAAUCAGACUGUUGAAACUCUUAGGUCCGAUGGGAUGAAAGCAGCAGAAGCUUACAAAUCUUUAGCUUUUGAGUUGGAGCAAUCAAGAACUCAAGCAAAAUCAUUGGAAGAACUUGUGAGUAAACUUCAGGCUGAUUUGCUUAGCAAUGCUAACAAAAGUAUGUUAGGUCCAACUCCAACCAAUGAAAAUGAACCUUCUCAGGAAAAUGAGGAAAUAAACCAGCUCAAAGCCGAGCUUAUCUCUGCAAAAGCUGAAGUGGGGCAGUUGAAGUCCGUAUUGGAUAUUUCGGAGGUAAGAUACCAGGAAGAGUAUAUCCAGAGCACAUUACAGAUUAGAUGUGCUUUUGAACAACUGGAACGCGCAAAGUCAGAAUCUAGUCAGAGAGAGGUUGAGUUAUAUGAGGAAUUGAGGAGAGCUAAAGCUGAUACUGAGGAGCUAAGGGCAAACCUGAUGGACAAGGAAUCUCAGUUGCUUAGUUUGUCGGGUGAGAAUAUGGAGCUCAAUUCCAAGAUCAAUGAAAACCAAUCUACUAGAAGGCAAUCUGAGCUUGUGAUAGAGCUAAAAAAAUUGGAUGCUGAUGUUGAAGAGUUGAAGGAAAAUUUAUUAGAUAGAGAGACAGAACUGCAAAAUAUAGCAGCUGAAAACAGUAUGCUCAAGAUGGACAUAAAGGAGGAGUUGGAGAAGAAUAAAAUCACCAAUGAAGCCCUUGCUUCAGCUGAAGCAGCAAGGGCGGCAGAGCAAGAGGCUUUGACAAAACUUGGCAGCAUAACAGAAGAGGCUGAUAAAAGCAACAAAAGAGUGGUUCGGGUGACUGAGCAGUUAGAUGCUGCUCAGGCUGCAAAUUCAGAGUUGGAAGCCGAACUAAGGAGACUGAAAGUUCAGUCAGAUCAGUGGAGAAAGGCGGCCGAAGCAGCCGCCUCUAUGCUUUCUGCUGGAAAUAAUGGGAAAUUUGUCGACCGAAACUGCUCACGUGAAAACAGCUUCAAUUCUGUUACUGGCAAGAUGAAUUCACCUUAUUUAUUAGACACAGAUGGAGAGUCACCUAAGAAGAAAAAUACAAACAUGAUGAAGAAGAUUGGAGUUUUGUGGAGGAGGAACCAUCAUUAGAUGCGGCACAGGUAUUGGUAAUCAUUGCCUACACUUUGAUAUCUUGGCUAAAAUGGAUUUAAUUUUAUAUGGUUGGUUUCAUUGUUACGAUUUUUCGGUCAAGGUAUUUUGUGUUAUCAAGUUUCAUGAGUCAUGAACAUUGAAGCAGUUCCUCAGGGAAAUUGUGAUAAACUCGUGACGGAUAUUGUGUUGUAGUUAGAUAUGUUGAACCUACAGUAAUGGAGCGGCUUCUUAAUGGCGCAGAGAACUAAUGUAGACCACUGUAUUUGUUUCUAGGAAUCAAGUCUGUUUUCUUGUCUCUACAUCAUUAUAGUUUACGAGAUUAUGGGUGGGAAGGGCAAUGUGACCCCAAAAAAAGUGUAGGUUCCCUUGCAAUGAUGAAUUUAUUAUCCGUCAUAUUAUCAUAUUCUGCUGCUCAGAUUUAUCCGUCA